UUAACUAAGACGGCGGUUUCUGAAUAAGCUAAAAUAGCAUACAGUUUAAUCUUUAAAAUAAAUAGAAACAAAUAUAUUCUAUAUGCUGUGUGUAUUUCGGGAACCUUACGUUGCUAUUUUCGGGAUGGGGUCAUAUUCAGCGACAUGUUUUCAAAUAAUUUUAGCAUUAUGUUUUUUUCUAGCAUGAUAUAGCCCAAGAUUGACAGUAGAAUUGAAAAGGCGUACGUUAUGUAACAGUGAAUGUAAAAUAAAUCGACCGGUUAGCUUUUCCUUACCGUCGUUUGCUGUCCAAACGCUGACCGCUUAGCUAACAGGCUAGCACAGUUCUUGUUUACCAUGAUGGACAGGGACGCGUACCGUAACUGCUGCAGCCUGGUAAAAAUACCAAGACCGUCUUACGAACAGUUCUGGUCUUCACAUUUUGUAGACUACAUCGACAAGGAUCUGAGCUAUUCUAAGUUUUUUAAGAAGUACUUGCUUCCCAAUCACCCAUGCAUGUUUUCACGAAGGUUUACAGAGGACUGGAAGUGUAGAAAACAAUGGGUGUCUGAGGAAGGGAAGCCGAAUUUCCAGAAACUGCUGCAAGAGUUUGAUGAGACUCCUGUUCCUGUUGCAAACUGCAAUGCAAAGGAGUACAAUGCAAACCCUAAACAAGUAAUGCCUUUCAAAGAAUUUAUACACUACUGGAAGGAAUACAUCAAGAAUGGCCACUCCUCACCUAAAGGAUGUCUCUAUCUGAAAGACUGGCACAUGGCAAGGGACUAUCCAGAGCAUAAUGUUUACAGCACACCAGUCUUCUUUUCUUCUGACUGGCUGAAUGAAUACUGGGAUACACUUGAAGUGGAUGACUACCGAUUUGUCUACAUGGGACCUAAAGGCUCUUGGACUCCGUUCCACGCGGAUGUGUUUCGCUCCUACAGCUGGUCUGCAAACAUCUGUGGCAGGAAGAAAUGGCUCCUGUAUCCUCCCGGUCAGGAGGAGUUUUUAAGGGACACUCACGGCAACCUCCCUUACGAUGUAACAUCAGCUGAGCUUCGAGACAGAACCCUUUUUCCCCGCUCUGAGGAAGCUUGUCAACCUCUUGAAAUUAUACAAGAGGCAGGUGAAAUCAUUUUUGUGCCCAGUGGGUGGCACCAUCAAGUUUAUAAUCUGGAGGACACCAUCUCUAUAAAUCAUAACUGGUUGAAUGGCUGUAACGUAGACAUCAUGUGGCAGUUCCUUCAGAGUGAGCUAUCGUCCGUUCAAAAAGAGAUCGAUGAGUGGAGAAACACGAUGGACUCGUGGCAUCAGCACUGCCAGGUCAUUAUGAAGGCCUGCUCUGGCAUUAAUUAUGCAGAAUUUGCCUCGUUCCUCAAAAUCCUUGCUGAACACCGGAUGACUGUCCUGAAUGCCUGUUCUUCUGCAAAUUCCUCCGAUUACCCUCGGCAUCUCUCGGAGACCCUCACCACACUUGGACCUUACCAUGCUGCCUUUGACCUCCAAAGAGUGGCUCACAUAAUUGAAUGCCUUCUCUGCAAUGAAGAUUUUAAGCGGCUCGAUCAUUCAACUUUGACUUUGCAGCCAGAAACCAUGUUACAGCAAAUUCGGGACACCAUACAAUCCACAAGGGGGCAGCAUCUCCUUUAUCAGGAAUAAGAUGUGCAGUGUUGUCUCAACAAUGUUACCGCCUGGAAAUGGCUUGAAUGUAAAGUGCCAAUAUGUUCAGUGGAAAUAAGUUAAUAAAAGUCUUUCUUCAUCUUUAGCUUGAGAUGAGUUUUACAAGUUGAAUGUUUUCUUUUGCACUGACAGAUACAAAAGAUAAAAUAAAAAAUACACAAAUGUAA